GACGAACCGCUGAAAGCGACGGAUCGCCGCGCGCGUGCGUAAUAAACAACCAAUCAGCUGAGAGAGAAUCAAAAAGACUGAAUUACAAAAUGGACUUGGCCCUGUGAAUGUUUAUUUGUGUUUUUAUUGCGAACUAUAUUUUGUGAUUGUCAAAAUGUGGGGCGAAAGCAGCAAGAACUGCGAAAUCAACUGCCAGUGCUCCGAAUUAAUACCCGUAAGCUUCAAGAUAGACUCAGGCAAUAACGCAACAAAACGCAAGAAAGAAGAAGCCGUAACAGCAAACUACAAACUGAAAAUGCUCCCACAAUCACUGGCCCUAAAUUCACCAACCCACACACCUUCAAAGCGGAGAAUUCUCGGCGAAAUACAAAAUUCUUCAUUAUUCAGACCCUCGAACACUGAAAACAUUAAGUCUCCUUUAUUUCUCCAAAAGAAAUCUGACAUUCCAUUCUUACCAAAAAAUUCUCCAGUUAUCGAUAGGAUACUUACACCAUUGAAGAAAUCCCCUUUGAUAGAUAAUAACUCUUCACCAGUUACAACUAGAUCUUCUUUUACUUUGAAACGAACGAAAACUUCUACGAAUAAAAUUACGAGAAUCUUCGAAGAUAGAUCGAAUUUCAAAAUGUCGAACAAAGAGAAUGUUUUAAGCAAAAGCUUUAUGAAGAUUGAAGUGGAAGAGGAGACCAGGGAUUGCACUUUUAGUGACACCUUCCGAAGAGCGACCAGCACUAAUUGGUCCAUGACAAAGUUGGACUUCACCGACGCACUUCAAUCAACAUCCUUCGAAAUGUCAACAAAGUCCGAAGCAGACACAUUUGUACCUGAAAAAGAACUCAUUCAAGACCUGGAUCCUGAAUUUGAGACCUUGCACGACCUGGAAGAAGAGUUUGAAAACGAUCAUUUCGAUCAGUGCACUAAAUACGAAAUAAUUUCUACAGAUAGUCCUAAUAUUAUAUCUAGAGGACGGUCUACCGCUAGGAAGGUUGAUUCCAGGAACUUCGUCUUUGGUGCUCCACUAGCUGAUGAUGAACAGUCAACGUCUUUCAACAAACCGAACAUCACAGCGACCAGAUCUUUAAAUUUUGAAGAAUGCUUUGAGUUUACCAGCCCUGCAGCGCGAAAAACUUCAUUCUCAGUGAAGAAGUCUUUGAAAUUUAACGAGACACCAACCAAAAAAGGCGAUAAAUUUGAAACACCCACCAAACACCAUCCGCUGAGGCAUGAACAGAGCGACUCCAGCAUUGGUUCCAUGGCUUCAUUUGCUUCAUCACCGAGUUGUAGUCAGUUGAGGCUGUUUACAUCAGAAAGCACAACGUCAAUGGAGAGCGGUUUUAUAUCUGAACUGGAAGAGCCGUUUCUAGACCUGGAAGAGACAUCAAACUCCCCAAAAGUCCCAAAUUUCAAUGAUCUGCUCUCUGGCCAGAUAAAGGAGAACUUUUUAACCGAAAAGAACUUUUUGAAACGACCAACCUUGCAUAGAAGCUUCAGCCUGAACCAGGAACCUAAAGCUAAAGUCUCGUUGUUCUCAAUAAAAGAAAUUGCUGAUGUUAAAAAAUCACAGAAGAGGCAAGAAACAGAAACUGAUGUGGACAAUAUGGAUAAUAAACGUAGGAAAUCUAAUUCUGGCAGCCCAGAGAGUUUGGUGAUGAUGGAGAAACCACAAAGGCCGAUUCUUCAACGAGCUUUCUCGGAGAAUCAUGCUUCGAUUAUGUCUGCUGUUGCCAGAUCAACGGAAGAAUCAGACCUAAUUGGUGAUUUCUCCCUUCCCUGUGCGCUUCCCCUCGUCAGCGGAGACCACCAGGAUCUUAAGUGCAUCUCUGCUGACACCCUGGCUGGUCUCCUCAAAGGGGACUUUCAUGACUGCAUCGGGGAUUUCCAGGUGAUCGACUGCCGCUACCCGUACGAGUUUCAAGGGGGCCACAUCCCAGGGGCCAUGAAUCUGUACACACCACAACUGGUUCAACAGCUGUUAGACCAGCCCCGGAACAGCGCCAACGAUGGUAGGAGGAAAAUUGUAGUGUUUCACUGCGAGUUUUCCUUGGAAAGAGGGCCUAAGCUAUACCGCUACCUCCGUUCUACCGACAGAUCCAAAAACCGCGAAAACUAUCCAACACUUACAUAUCCAGAAAUCUAUCUCCUCCACAAAGGCUACUCCUCAUUCUUCAAGCGGUACCCAGACCUCUGCACCAGUGGCUACACGGCCAUGUUAGACCCGAAACAUUCCCAGAUGUUACGAAAACACAGAUCUGGUGAGGAACCUGCUUCAUUCUUUACUCAUCAUCGGUCAAAGCCUGGCUACAGAUUGAUGUUUUAGCAUAACGAGAAUUUAUUGUGAACAAUUGUGACACGGAUCAUAUUAUUUGAGUUCCUGGGUCGUAUACGAGUGGCCUAACCAGUAUGUGAGUGACCUGUAUUAGAAAAUGAGUGGCCUUCAUCAUAUAUGGGUGAGCUGGUCCUUAUUUGAGUAGCCUAGGUCAUAUAUUGGUGACUUAUCAUUGGUCACAGCUGUUUAAUAAAUCGAUUUUGUAUUGUAAUAUUAAAGGCUUAAAAAUCGACCUGUUCUCUUGCUUCGCUAGGAGUCGACACCAGCGCCAUGUAUAGACAUAUAGGGUAAAAAGAAAUUAUCUAUUUAAUAUUACAAAGUAUGACAUUUAGGAAUAAAAAAGCCAUUAUUUUUUGAACUUGAAAAAUUUUAGAUUAAUAUUGAAUUUAAAGUUGAAAUGACGUUAAUGGUAAUUGGUUACUAUU